CAUUUCCAGCACAUGGGCUGGAUUUUUCUAGUCUCCAGCAGAGAUAAGAAAAACGGGAAAGGAGAUGAAGGGAAAGGAGAGAAAAGAAGAAGAAAGAAAAGAAAGAGAGAAGGAAAGAAUAAGAGGAAAAGAAAGGGAAAAAGGGAAGUUCUGAACUUCACUUGCAUGGAGAAUCAACCAAAUUUUGGGUAAAAAAUGAGAGGUUAUGGUGAGAGAUUGUAAGUUUUAGAGAGAGAAAUAAAUAGUUUUGGUUAGAGAGAGAAAGUAGAUUUGAAGCAAAAAUUUUAAUUUUAGCAUUUUUCUUAGAUCAUGUAGAUGUUUAUGAACAUUCUUAAUUCCUGGAUCAUUCUCAAAUAAGUAGAACUUGGGUGUGACAACAGCCUUCUACCAUGGCUUCUACUUCUUCUACUCCUCCCGAUCAGUGGAAACAUGGGAUGCUUUCAUUAGUUUUAGAGGCAAAGAUAUCCGUCAGGGUUUUCUCUCCCAUCUCGUUAAAGCUUUGUCGGGAAAACAAAUCAAUGCCUUCUUGGAUGAAAACCUUGAAAAAGGAGAAGAGAUCUCAAGUUCUCUACUGGAAACAAUUGAAGAUUCAUACGUUUCAGUAGUGGUUUUCUCUGAAAAUUAUGCAGAUUCCCCAUGGUGCUUGGAUGAGCUUGUGAAGAUAUUUCAAUGCAUGAAAACAUCUGGACAAAUAGUCCUUCCAGUAUUUUAUCGUGUAGAUCCAACUGAUGUUCAAGAGCUAAGAGGGAAUUUUGGAGAGGCAUUUAGUAAGCAUAAAAAAGAAGUAAAAAUUUUGGAAGGAUGGCGCCAUGCCUUGAUAGAAAUAAGCAACUUAGCAGGAUGGGACUCACGCAACAUCAGGUUCGAGUCUGAACUAGUUGAGAAAAUAGUAAAUGUUGUUUUGGAGAAAUUAAAUCACAUCUUUAAAUGUGAUUAUAAGAAUGAUGAUUUAGUUGGAAUUGAAUGGCGUGUGAGGAAAAUGGAAUCAUUAUUAUUUUCUGAACCAAUCAAUGAUAGACGAGUUGUAGGAGUUUGGGGGAUGGGAGGUAUUGGAAAGACAACUCUUGCUGAAGAAGUAUUUCAUCGAAUCAAGGAAAAAUUUGAUGGUCACUACUUUGUUGCCAAUGUUAGGGAAGAAAUAAUGAAGCAAACACCAAAUGCUUUACGGGACAAAAUCUUUUGUCAAUUGUUAGGAGAGAAAGAUGGAUAUAUAGACACUCCUCGUUUAACUAUUAGAAGACUUCAAAGUAAAAAAGUAAUCCUUGUCUUUGAUGAUGUGGUUAAUCCAAACGAUUUAAAGCUUUUAGUUGGAGUAUGUGAUUUGUGCAGUAAGGGAAGUAGAAUAAUUAUAACCAGUAGAGAUAGGCAAACACUUAAAAAUGUUUGUCUUGAGGAGCAUAUAUACGAGGUUAAAGAAUUAAUUGAUCGUGAAGCUCUCCGUCUCUUCAGCUUAUAUGCCUUCAAACAAGAUCAUCCCAAAGAAGGAUAUGAGAAGCUAUCGGAGAUGGCAAUAAGAUAUGCUCAAGGUCGUGUUGAGAGAAUAAGAUAUGUUUUCCUUGAUAUUGCCUUUUUCUUUAAGGGGAAGCCUAAAGGUCGUGUUGAGAGAAUAUUAAAUGCUUGUGGUUUCUUUGCAACAGGUUCACUAAGUCGUCUAAUUGAUAAAUCUCUCAUAACUAUUUCAUCUUCCAAUGGUAUUGGUAUGCAUGACUUGUUGCAACAAAUGGGCUUCGAAAUUGUUUAUAAGGAAUCCGAACAACCUGAAAAACGCAGCAGGUUAUUGAAUUACGAGCAUAUCUGUUGUGUAUUGACAAAAGAAACGGGAACUGAAAAUGUUGAAGGCAUAUCACUUAACAUGUCUGAGGUGAAUGAUAAUUUGGUGCUAAAAUCCACAGCCUUCCAGAAGAUGUACAAUCUUAGAAUCCUCAAAUUCUUCAAUGAUUCUAAUUCUAGUCGAGGACAAUUGCAGCUUCCUAGCGGCCUUGAAUUUCUACCAGAAGGGCUAAGAUAUCUUCACUGGGAUAGAUACCCUUUGAAUUAUUUGCCAUUGAAGUGUUGCACAAAAUAUCUUGUGGAACUCCGCAUGCCCUUGAGCAACCUCUCAGAUCUUUGGAAUGGAGAUGAGGCUCUUGGAAAUUUGAAACUUUUAGACCUCACCAACUCUUUGAAGCUGACCAGAGUUCCAGAAUUGUCUAGAUUCCCAAAUCUUGAGGUUUUACGUUUGGGCGGAUGCAUAAGCUUGAUUGAGAUUCCUAGCAGCAUUGGCGAGUUAAAAUGUCUAAAAGACAUUAAUCUAAACAGAUGCUCAAAACUGCAUAGUAUUCCCCAAAGCAUCAGCAAUCUGAAAUCUCUUACAGUCCUUAAUAUGUCACAGUGUUUGAAUGUCACUGAAUUGCCAGAGAACAUAGGGGAUUUAGAAUUUCUAGAGACCCUUUAUAUAUUUCACAGUGGAAUAAAAGCAUUACCAUCCUCCAUCAAUCAAUUGGAAAAUUUGGUUUCCUUAAGUUGUAUAGGCUGUAAAGGUUUGACAUUGCCUCCUUUGACAGGUUUGUCCCGCUUACAGCGUAUGACAUUAGAUGAUUGUGGUAUAAUAGAAAUUCCCCAGAGUCUUGGGCUUUUAGUCUCAUUGACAUCCUUAAGUUUAACUGAAAACAAUUUUGAGAGCAUACCUGCAAGCAUUAAACAACUAUCUGAGUUGAUACAGCUUUACUUAUUUGGUUGCAAGAGACUCAAAUGUUUACCAGAGCUUCCAUCAGGCUUAAGAAAAUUGUCUUUAGGGAAUUGCACAUCUCUCAAAUGUUUACCAGAGCUUCCAUCAUGCUUAAUAGAUUUGUCUCUAGGGAAUUGCACAUCUCUGGAAUCUGCAUCAACUUCUUUCCUUGUCCCAGAACACAAAGACGAAGAUCGAAUUGAAAAUUUUCUUCGAAUUGAAAAAUUUCUUGACUUUAGUAAUUGCUUCAGUUUGGAUAAGGAGAAAGUGAUGAAGGAUGUAUUGAAAACGCAUCUGUUGAAACACAAGAUUGUUCGAUUGUGUAUUCCCGGGGAUGAAGUGCCUCAAAGGAUGAGAUAUAAGAACCAGAGUGGAUCUUCUCUUUCAUUCACACUAGAUCAGCCUAACUUGAUUGGUGUUUCUUUAUGCCUUGUUUUUGAUCCCAAAAAUUAUUAUGGUCAUUAUGUUAGGUUUAAUUGCGAAGCCCAAUUCAUUGAUAAAUCUGGACACAACAGUAAAAAUUCCAAGUUCAGUUUCCAGCGUCAUUGGAUAACUGAUCCGUUGGAAUCAGAACAUGUGUACCUUUGGAAUGACUUGUUCUACAUUUCCGACCGGUUCGCUAAGGCCAAAUUUGAGUUCUUCAUUGAAGAGGCCUCGUUUCAGUACUACAUUGAACAUUUUUCACUCAAGCCACAACAUAAUUCCGGGGCUAUAAUUAAGUGUGGGGUACUUCCUAUAUUUCGAGAUGAUUUUCUCUGCAGAGAUAAAAAGAGAAGCAGAAAUCAAGAAGAUGAGGAAGAAGAACCUUCUCCCCUAAAAUUGAAACGAGACCAAACACCUUACAACAGCACUACCGCCACAGCAGAGUCUCAUUAAGUGUUUAAAGAUUUCGUGUUUGGAGGCUUUCGUGUGCGACUUUUCUGCAGAAUUUGAUGCAGCUCUCAGCUUUCUAAACCUUUGGCUUUUGUUCUGCUGGCAAUUGUUUGCUGUCUUUUGUGAUGCAACUUUGGUGCUGUAUUAUUGGCGUGUUUUGUACCUUUCUUUCUAUGCUUUUUCACUUGGAAUACCAUUGUUGGGUGUAAUAGGGAAGCCUAUCGGAUUGGUUUAAUCGGCAAAGUCCAUACUAAGUAUUUUCUAGAUGUCAUUUAUCAAUAAAAUUUUGCUGAUAAAAGCAAUUGUGCUGAA